AUGAGUUAAAUUGACCCUAUUUUAGGGUUUGAUCCUUGGUUUUUAUACCCACCAAAAAAUAUUUAUGAAAUAAAGCAUACAGAUCAUUAUAUAAAGCACGGAGAAAAGAAAAAAGCUAGUAGAAAAAUAUACUAAAAAGUGGAAUAUGACGAAUAUGAGAAUGAUGGAAUAUAAAACUUAAAAGCUGAAAUGGAUAAACAAAAUAUAUAAUUACCUAAAGAGUAUAAUUUUUAUAUUAUUUUUUUUUAAAAAUUCUAAGUAAUUUUUUUUGUUUUUUUUGUUUAAAAAAAAAAUAACAGUUGGAGAAGAAGUGAUUAUUUAAAAAUGUGUUAUUGUGGUAGAUUUGAUAUAAAAAAAGAUUUAAAAGCAGCUUUAGAUUUUAUAGAAUGGAAAUAAAAUAUAAAUAUGCAUACAUUAGAUGAAAAAUCAUUAUAGUUAUUAAAAUCUGGAAUGAUUUAUUUAUUAGGAAGAGAUAAUUAAUACCGACCAAUUAUAUAUUUAGAUUGUACAAAAAUAAAUAUGAAAAGUGAUGGAGAAGAAACUAUUAUGAGAUCACUUUGCGUAUUUUUGGAUAUGAUAAGGAAAUAUAUGUUUUUAGAUUAUUAUGUAGAAAACUGGAUUAUGGUCAUUGAUACAGGCGGUUUAGGAGUUUUUGGACUUCCUAUGAAAGGUUUAAAAUUGAUUGUGGGGGGUAUGUAGAUUAAUUAUUGUGCUACUAUGGACAAAAUGUAUAUUCUAAAUCCUUCUUUUGGACUUUCUUCUACUUGGAGUGUUAUUAAAGGGUUUAUUGAUCCUGAAAGUUUGGAGAAAAUGUCGGUUUUGAAAAAAAAAGAAUAUAAUCUUAUGUAAUAGAGAAUUCCAGCGAGAUAUAUUGAGAAAAAAUAUGGAGGAGAACAUGAAGAUAUUACAUAAUAUUGGCCUCCGGUUAACGUUUAUUGUAAAGAAAAUGAAAAACAUUUGUUGAUUAAUUAUGUUGAAAUUGUAAAAGAAAUCUAAGAUAAAUGA